UCCUGAGACGCGCAACUGUCGCCCUAAAAUUAGGUACUACCAGGUACGGUACGUACUAUGUAACCAUAAUAGUGUCUUUUUUAGAUCCGAUUCGAUAUCCAUUAUUUUGUAUCUCAACCAUGAACAACUUCAUAAUCUUCAUAAACGAAUAAUUAAUACCCAUUCUACUUCAAAAUACGGAUCAUUCAUUCUCUCGCUACUCGUUGACCAUGUUAGUCUCUCUCACCGUCGGUAAAGUCGAUGCCGGCGUCACUGUCUUGUUAACCCCCGAUAAACGUUUGAUCGAGUUCCCUUCCAUUCUCCUACCUCCGAACAUCAUUUCAGGUUCCAUAGUCGAUAUCGCUGUCUCUCGCAACAGCGAAUCUGAGGCCAAGUCAGAAGCCAAAUUCACUGCCCUUCAAGACCAGAUCUAUGCUUCCUUCGGCGCUUCCCAGCCUAGCACACCUGUCCUUCGUUGCCGCAAUGCCACUCAAACAUCCGUGGUCCUCGAAUGGGACCCCAUCGACCUAGCUACCGCCGACCUUAUCUCCCUAUCCCUCUACCGUAAUGGCCAGAAAGCCGGCAAUAUCCCCCGACCCUUACAGAUGCACAGCACCAAGAUCAGUGGUCUUGCAGUUGAUACGGAAUACACCUUCCAUCUCGUCCUGCGCACUACCGCCGGUACCUUUGCCAGCAAGCAGGUCGUUGUCCGCACCCAUAAGAUGACAGAUCUAAGUGGCAUCACCAUUACCACCGGUAUCCUACCAGCGCAUACGCGCGAGGAGCUCACCAGAGCCGUUGAGCGCAUUGGUGCUAAGAUUGUCGACGGCGUGCGCAUCGAUACCACGCACUUCGUCACUACCGAAGGUCGUGGUGUACCCUGGGAGAAGGCUGUGGAGAUGAACAUUCCCGUUGUGCGACCGGAGUGGGUCGAACACUGCGAGAGCACUGGCAGGAUCUUGGGCGUCACAAGAUUCUAUCUAGAUGCACAAAGACCUGGCCCUCCGGGACCAAACGACACGUCGUCGGUGGCCUCGCCUUCAACUCCCGCAACGACAAGGCAGAUCCAGAAGGAUCUCCCUCAGACGCCAGCCAAGAAUGAAGGGAAUAAAGAAACAGAAAGGGAAGAGGAGGAGAAGAGAGAGACUAAAGAAGAAAGUAGCGAAGAGGAGAACGGAACGGAGGCAGAAAACGAAGACAAGACGAGGGCUGCAGAAGAACAGAAAGCAAGACGCGAGGAUAAGGACACACAGGAAGUCGCUAUACGGCCUGGUAAACCUCUAAAGGCUACGAUUGAGAAUGUCAGAGAUGAGAAUAGUUUAGACGAGAAGGCGGCUGCCCCAUCUCCUGGGGACGGGGCAUCGUUUCAGGACGUGGCGUUGUGAGGAUAGUAGUGUACGGCUUGACAUGUGUAAGCGCAUGGAGUUCUCGGGAGUUCCAAAAUGAAAAAAAAAAUACCCCCGGCCACGUAAUGAUGAUGAUGACUUAUUGUC